AGUUCUUAAACUGGGAAAAAAAAACCUUGAUUGGCGUUUCAUGCGAAAACUAUGUCUAUCUGCUAAAUUUAAAUUAGUUCUUUGACGUAUGGGGUUAUUCUUAGAAAAGCUCAGUCUAAGAUUUCUUGCCCGUUUAUGCUUUAUCUUUUGUAGCAGAUAUACAUCAAUUUUUGCGAAUAAAAUAUAGUGAACAAAUAAAGCAAAGCAGAACAAAACAAAACGAAAACAACAACAAACGACAUCAGCCCCCUUUCUUCUCGCCGAUUUUAGUAUGCAACGCGGACCUAUUUUUGCUCCUGUUGCCCUGGAAAUAAAACACCGCGUUCACGAGCCCGCGAUCCUAACUUCUCGGGAUGUUCCUUUCGCAAAGAAAUACUGAUUUCCUCGUUCCGGUAGCUUUGUGGCUAGAGGCGUAAAGAUGCCACAGGACAGUUUGCUGCAUGUUUAAUAGGGAUGAGCUUGGGAAGUAAUUCACAGACACGUUUACAACGUGGUCAUUUCACCUUGAAGAGUAGCGUCCUUGCACCUACAGCUAUGUCAUACAUGGGACAGGAUUUCAUUGCAAACCACAUGAAGUCUCACUAUAGACGCAUCACCUCUGCAAAAGGUGUUCUUUUGUUCUCUUGGUUUUCUGAUAAGAAAAUCAAAGAAUUGAGCACGAGAAAAGCAUUGCCUAUCAAUGAAGAUUUUAGAACAAAUUUACCAAAAAAUAAAAGUAACAAUUUUAUCUUUCCUACAGUUCGUGACCAAAAGAAACGAGCUGCUUUGGAAAGUAGAGCUGGAACUCCGUCAUUGAGGACAAGGAGUCCAUCUAUGGAAUUCUUGUCUUCAACAAAUAAUGAAACCUCAUUUUUAAAUUCAACAAGAAACUGGCAGUCUUCAGGUCAGAGGGAAGCAACAGGCACACCAAUUCAAAGAAGCAUGUCUACACAGUCCCUUGACAGGCAUUACCCUCCUGCAGUUCCUUCUUCCUCACCCAGAGAUUUGCUGAUACAAGAUCGAUCUACACCAGCAUCUGCUCGAAUACUAGCCCGACCACCUAUUUCACCCAUUACAAAAGAACCAAGGCAGAAAACCACAAGAAGAAAUCAUUAUAUAUCAAGACAUGGAGGUAAUCAGGGAACCUUGCAAACUCUUGAUAAAUCUGAACCAAUUGGUUCAGACAAGUUAAAUGGUAACGUCAGCACAUUGUUGACCAGCUAUGAUGAACCUAGUGAUAUGAAAAACCCAGCAACAGCUGCAGGAAACAGUAGUGAUGACAAAAGAUUGACAAGAACUGAUGUUAAAAGUGGGGUGUGGCAAGACUUUGGAAAUUCAAAUAUGUCAAUUAGACAUGAUUAUAGCAUUCCACCUCUUGAUCUAACGGGUGUGCAGUACAGUCACAGAGGACCACCAUCAAUAAGGGCAAGUGAUUCAACUGACUUCAAAGCUAGCAUCUGGGAAGAGGAACAGAAGUACCUUACAUUCAUUUCAGACGUUACCGCAGACAUUCUUGCAAGAGGCAUUUUUAGCAAUAGGGUUCUAAAGCAAGUGUUUGAGAUGCAUAUCGAAAGAAGAAAGGAUCAUUUAGAUGAAAGUCGUUUGUGUGAGAUGAUAGAACAGUUAAAGGAAGAUUUGGGAAUCACUGACAGCUAGCAUUGGCUUCCAGUAAUUCAGAUGGGAAAUGACCACAGUUUUAAGCUUACAGUUUUAAAAUUAAAUUUAUUUUUGCAAUAAUUAAAAGUUUUUGAAAAAUUCACAUAAGAACACCAAGGCUUGUAACAAUAUGUACAGAAUGCUGCCCACUAUUGAGGUGUUCACAAUAAAUAAUUUUCUUGUUUGUACAGUAAUAAUAAUAGCUAGGCAAAUAGAUGUCUUAUAAAAAGUUAAAAUGGUUUAUUUUGGUCUGUCAAAAAUAAAACAUCCCCACAAUAAUAGUUUAGACAUGACUGUGACAGAUUGCAACAAUCACACGCAUCAAUCACACUAGUUCAUGUCACUUGAGUUGUAGUGGUUUCUGAAACUGAAUUUAAAGACAGUACCUCCUUUUGUUAGGUUGCAUGUGUUCUGUGUAUCAUAGUCCCACAGCAAAGCAACCUUUUUUAUGCUUUUCUGUUGUGGUCUUUAACCAUAGAAUUUGUGCACUGAACAAUAUUAAAUCCUGUAUUUCUUGAGACUAAACCAAAUAAAUGGCACUGAGAUAAAAAAAAAAAAGCCUGACAAAAAGGCCCCUGCA